GGAAUGAGUCCUUUGUCCCCGUAUUUAAACUUGGACCCCAGGUAUCUUGUACAGGAUACAGAUGAGUUCAUCUUGCCCACAGGAGCCAACAAAACUCGAGGCAGAUUUGAGCUGGCCUUUUUUACCAUUGGAGGAUGUUGUAUGACAGGGGCAGCAUUUGGUGCGCUGAAUGGUUUGCGGCUUGGCUUGAAGGAGACGCAGAAUAUGGCAUGGUCAAAACCUAGAAAUGUACAAAUUCUAAAUAUGGUGACAAGGCAAGGAGCAUUAUGGGCUAACACUCUGGGAUCUCUGGCUCUACUUUACAGUGCGUUUGGAGUUAUCAUUGAAAAAACACGAGGUGCAGAAGAUGACCUGAACACCAUAGCUGCUGGAACCUUGACAGGAAUGCUAUACAAAAGCACUGGUGGACUGCGUGGGAUAGCACGAGGUGGUAUUGCAGGUCUGACGCUCACUGGCCUCUAUGCUCUUUAUAACAACUGGGAGCACAUGAAGAACUCCAUAUCCCGGCAGUCUCUCUGAGCAGGACAGCCAGCGCUGGACAGAGGACGCGCCUGCACAGUCACCAAUCCAAUCACUUGCGAGAUCUGUCUGGUGCCCCUUCCUCUUUUAUUUACAAUUAGUGUGAAACUGAAAAAAGCUAUGCUGGGAGGAACUUUUUGACAGCAUGUAGCUGGACUGGCCCUUUCCUUCAUGCCAGCCGGUCACUGGAGAGGCAGCAAUACUUGUUGGACCUGCAGGUGAGCAGAGUGGCCGCCGAGGUAGGAUGUCCCCAGCACGCUCAUCAGCUAGCUCAGGGCCAGAGCUGCAAGGCUUGCCCAAGUCCCAUAGCUGUACCUGCUGUGCUGCCAGGUCUGUUCACUUGUGUGUACCACGAUAGUGCUGCGUAAUAAAGUCUGUGUCCACAGGGCUUUCUCUGCAGUCUGUCAACCUGCACCAGGCGGCCAGAGC